AUGGUGGGAAUCGAGGGCGUCGCGGCGGUGCGAGGGCCGUAUUGUGCUGCGUCUAGGUGGCCGAUGCGAGCUUCCAAGUAUCCCGAAAGCUGCAAGGGCCUAAUCGUCCCGACGGGCGCCGCUGCAAGGCCUCGUCCCCAAGGCCGCGCUGCAAGGCUCGUCCCCGAAGGGCGCCGCUGCAAGGGCCCUCGCCCGAAGGCCGCCGCUGCGAGGGCCUCGUCCCGCGAGGAAAGGGCUCUCCAUCGAGCAAAAAGGGCCUCGUCCCGCCGGCAAGGGCUCGUCCCGAAGGGCGCGCUGCAGGGCCUCGUCCCCCGAAGGAGCGCGCGGAGGGCUCGUCCCCGACGGGCGUGCUGGAGGCUCGUCGACGGGCGGCGCUGCGAGGGCUCGUCCCCGAAGGGCGACGAGGGGCUCGUGUGCCCCCGAGGGCGCCGCUGCGAGGGCUUCGCCCCGAAGGGCGCCGCUCGAGGGCUCGUCCCCCGAAGGGCGCCGGCUGCGAGGGCUCGCCCGAAGGACGCCGCUGGCAAGGGCCGCCGGGCGCUGCAGGGCUCGUGCCGAAGGGCCUGCCGCUGCGGGGGCCCCGAAGGCGCCGUGCGAGGGCUCGUGCGAUGCGGGCGCUCGUUCUGCAAGCGGCUCGUCGCCCCGAAGGCCGCCGCUGCAAGGGCCUCGUCCCCCGAAGGACGCCGCUGCAAGGGCCUCGUCCCCCGAAGGGCGCCGGCUGAGGGUCGUCCCCGAAGGACGCCGCUGCGAGGGCCUCGUCCCCCGACGGGCGCCCGCUGCGAGGGCCUUCGUCCCCGAAGGGACGGGCGCUGCGAGGCCUCGUCCCCGAGGGCGCCGCUGCAAGGGGCCUCGCCCGCUGCAAGGGCUCGGUCCCCGAAGGCGCCGCUGCAAGGGCCUCGUCCCCGAAGGGCGCCCGAAGCCUCGUCCCCGCGCGCUGCAAAGGGCCGUCGUCCCCCGAAGGGCGCCGCUGCAAGGGCCUCGUCCCCCGAAGGCCGCCGCUGCGAGGGCCUCGUUCCCGAAGGACGCCGCUGCUUCGUCCCCCGAUGGGCGCCGCUGCAAGGGCCUCGUCCCCCGAAGGCCGCCGCUGCAAGGGCCUCGUCCCCCGAAGGGCGCCGCUGCAAGGGCCUCGUCCCCCGAAGGGCGCCGCUGCGAGGGCCUCGUCCCCGACGGGCGCCGCUGCGAGGGCCUCGUCCCCCGACGGGCGCCGCUGCAAGGGCCUCGUCCCCCGAAGGGCGCCGCUGCAAGGGCCUCGUCCCCCGAAGGACGCCGCUGCAAGGGCCUCGUCCCCCGAAGGGCGCCGCUGCAAGGGCCUCGUCCCCCGAAGGGCGCCGCUGCAAGGGCCUCGUGGGCGCCGCUGCGAGGGCCUCGUCCCCGAAGGGCCGCUGCGAGGGCCUCGUCCCCGAAGGGCGCCGCUGCGCGUCCCCGACGGGCGCCGCCUGCAAGGGCCUCGUCCCCCGACGGGCGCCGCUGCAAGGGCCUCGUCCCCGAAGGCCGCCGCUGCAAGGGCCUCGCCCGAGGCGCGCGGGGCCUCGUCCCCCGAAGGACGCCUGCCUCGUCCCCCGACGGGCGCCGCUGCGAGGGCCUCGUCCCCGAGGGCGCCGCUGCGAGGGCCUCGUCCCCCGAAGGGCGCCGCUGCGAGGGCCUCGUCCCCCGACGGGCGCCGCUGCGAGGGCCUCGUCCCCGGGCGCCGCCGAGGGCCUCGCGAAGGGCGCGCUCGUCCCCGAAAGGGACUCGUCCCCGAAGGGCGCCGCCGAGGGCCUCGUCCCGACGGGCGCGCUGCCGAAGGGCGCCGCUGGAGGGCCUCGUCCCCCGACGGGCGCCGCUGCGAGGGCCUCGCCCCGACGGGCGCCGCUGCAAGGGCCUCGUCCCCCGCGGACGCCGCUGCAAGGGCCUCGUCCACCCGACGGGCGCCGCUGCAAGGGCUCGUCCGAGAGGGCCUCGUCCCCCGACGGGCGCCGCUGCGAGGGCCUCGUCCCCCGAAGGGCGCCGCUGCGAGGGCUCGUCCCCGACGGGCGCCCGCUGCGAGGGCCCUCCCCGAAGGGCGCCGCUGCGAGGGACUCGUCCCCGAAGGGCGCCGCUGCAAGGGCCUCGUCCCCGACGGGCGCCGUUGCAAGGGCCUCGUCCCCCGAAAAGGGCCUCGUGCAACGGGCGCCGCUGCAAUCCCCCGACGGACGCCGCUGGCGCCUCGUCCAGACGGGCGCCGCUGCAAGGGCCUCGUCCCCCGAGGGCGCCGCUGCGCCUCGUCCGAAGCUCGUCCCCUUGAAGGCGCGUCCGGAACAGACCUGUAAAUCAGCCGCACAAAUGAAGCGAUGGGAGUCCGCCCCACACCUUGAGCUUCGUGACUCCGGCCCAGACGACCAUUCAGAAUCGCAGCCAUUACUCAGACCCCACUAUAGGAAACAGCCUCAAAUGCAGCAACUGCAAGCGUCAAUGCUGUAA